GUUCUCGUUACGUCACUGGUGGGGGUUGUGUUUUUCAGUCGCGCUCAGCACCUUUGGUUCCAUUCCUUGUCUGGAGAUUCAAGUAGAUGGACACUGGUGGUUCUAGCACCGCUUCUUUUGGAAUUAUUCUUCUUCAGUGUGGAUUUGUGCUUAUCUGUGUUGGAAUUAUGUUGUCUGACUCAAUACAGAAACGCUAUAAAGGUCAUCAGUGAGUUUAGUCGUCUGCCUUCUGGUCUGCAACCGCUGCCUUUGAAGUAGGUGUGAAUGCUUCAUCUCUCUGGAGACACCCACCACCUCCGCUACUAGAGUCUGCCACCUCACUAUCAGGACCAGGCAACCAGCCAGAAUGGGCAACCAGCUAACAGAGAUCGCCCCCAACACUCCUUUCCUCCCCAACUUCCAGUCUCUGCAUGUGGUCGUCAUCGGCCUGGACUCUGCAGGAAAGACCUCCCUUCUGUACAGACUAAAGCUCCGAGAAUUUGUGGAGACUAUCCCCACAAAGGGCUUCAACACUGAACGGAUUAAAGUAGCAGUUGGAAGCUCGCGGGCCACCACCACCUUCCAGGUGUGGGACGUGGGCGGUCAGGAGAAGCUGCGGCCCCUGUGGAAGUCAUACACGCGUCGCACCGAUGGCCUGGUGUUUGUUGUGGAUGCUGCAGAAACUGAGCGUAUGGAGGAGGCCAAAGUGGAGCUCCACCGCAUCAGUCGCUCGGCAGAGAACCAGGGAGUACCAAUUCUGGUGCUUGCCAACAAGCAGGACUUGGACUCUGCAGUCUCUGCUGUGGAGGUGGAGAAGGCCUUGGCCCUCCACGAGCUUAGCAACUCCACACUGCACCACACCCAGGGAUGCAGCGCGCUGAACGGUCAGGGGCUCCAACCCGGCCUGGAGAAACUAUAUGAAAUGAUCCUAAAGAGGAAGAAGCUGCUCAGACACAGUAAGAAGAAGAGAUGAACUGUGCGGCUGAGCUUCCGAAAGGCGCUUCGCCCGCAGAAUGGACCUCGUUGGUGUUCCUUGGAAUUUUAUGGGAAUUUUGUGCCCCGGAGGACCUGCUUCUGGUUUCCCAGUGACGGUCAGUCCAGAGGAUGGAGAAAUAGACCUGUUAUACUAUACGUUGGACACCGCACAGACUACGUUCAGCCCUUUACAGUGGCUUUUUUCCCCCGAUAAACUUUCCCACCUUUUUUAUCAAGUUGUGCCGACACGGUCUAGUCCAAACGUCCAGUGACGUAUGGUACUUCUAAUUUAGUUUACCUUGUAGUUCACUUUGUUUCAUGGAGGUGGUUCACCGUUGGAAAAGACGACGCUUUUGUAGAUCAAAAGAGGGACUGUAUUUCAACCCAAUGUUCAGAUGGCAUUGGAACUGAAAUGCCUGCUAGCACGAGGCCUGAGGCUGCUAGCCAUGAUGCAAGUUUUCACCACAGUUUUGCUUGUCAUGGUAGACUUAAAUGUGUGAAGUUGUUACAACCAAUAUGUUUUUACAUUCUGUACAUAUUUUUUGUUGUAAUACUUACAAAUGAAUAAAUUAUUGAAGACACUAUCUA